GUCUGAGAUAAAUCUCGCGUAUAUAUGGAACUGGUAGACUGCUGUGUGAUUGAAGCCAGCUCGGACAAUUCCGGCCCGUGGCAUCGCUGUCACGGUCCGCAAGCCGACUGUCAACACGGCCCCACAUUCGCGCUUGGUAUCGUGAUGUUGUCCUCAAGCAUCGUCCGACGUGUCACGAAACGCUCGGUUGUCCUCUCUAGGCGUUUGUCUUCCACGUUUUCUAUACCACGGCACUCGAUAUACGUCUCUCAGUCGACAGAUCCAUACUUCAAUCUUUCCGUCGAAGACUGGCUUUUUAGACACAAGGCUCCACAAGACCCUCUCCUUUUUCUAUACCGCGAAAGGCCAUGCGUUGUUAUUGGGCGAAAUCAAAAUCCUUGGAAGGAAAUCAACUUGACUGCUCUACGGGAUAGGCCUUCGGUCCCAUUUGUGCGUAGAAGAAGCGGAGGUGGUACAGUCUAUCAUGACCUGGGAAACACCAAUUACUCCAUCCAUCUACACCGAAACUCCUUUGACCGAAGCGUAACUGCACAGAUCAUCUUACGGGCUGUACGGUCACUGGGGGUAGAUGCUCACGUUAAUGAUAGGAACGACAUCUGUAUCGAAGGCAAAAAGAUCUCGGGCUCAGCCUACAAGAUCGUGAAAAACCGCGCUUAUCACCAUGGAACUAUGCUCAUAUCGACUCAACUUGAGACGCUGGGUGAGCUUCUACGGUCAAAAAAAGACUCCAUGCUUACGAAAGGCGUGGCCUCUGUGCCGUCACCAGUGUGCAAUCUCAGGCAACACGAUACUAAUAUAAGCCACGAGCAGUUCUGUGAGGCCGCGAUUAGUGAGUUCCGCCGCGCGUACGACGUUAACGAGGAGGUGCAACACAUAAGCGAAACUACCGACUUGGUAGAUCUAGAUGAUGUUCACAAGGGCGUUACCGAGUUAUCGAGUUGGGAAUGGGCGUACGGACAGACGCCCGAGUUCACAUAUACGAAGAGCGUAAUGUUUGAAUGGGGCAACGCAGCAGAAAUCCAGUCGAAACACGGCAUUAUCCUGGAAAGUUCUAUUCGCGUAUCAAACGCUGCGGCGUCUCUUAGCGAUGGAUUGAUAGAGGAGAUAGAAAGCAUGGGAGCCUCGUUGAAAGGACAGAAAUACGGAUCUAUCCGUCCAGAAACCCUGGCAUCACCUGGUAUAGGCCCCAAAGAAGAAGCCCAGUGGUGGUUGCAUGACAUGAUGUGGAACUGA